AAUUUAUUUUUCCAAAUGGGCUUUCUCAGAUAUACGCUUCACUUGAUCGAUUUCCUCGCUUGGUCGGUACUUGCUCUGGGCUAUCCUCUAUGUGCUUCAAUCCAAGCGAUUGAGGCUGGCUCCAGGUAUCACAUGAGGAAGCUAGUCACAUAUUGGACCAUCUUUUCCUCUAUUUCUCUGUUCGAGCACGUAUUGGAGAAGCUUAUUGAAUGGGUUCCUCUGUGGCCAUAUAUAAAAUUAAUAACCAUAUGUUGGUUGGUGAUACCGCAGUUUAAUGGUGCUUGCUAUCUUUAUCAAAAUCUCAUUCGUUUAUGUUUUCCGGUUAAACUGCACGAUAGCAUCAGGCAGUUUGAUGAUUCUUGUUAUGUUUACCAACGCCUUCUAUAUUUGUGCUUGUCUGUCAACCUCCAAACUGUUACUGACUGGUUUAAUAAGCCAAUGAAGGAUCCAUCUCUCAAGAAUGAAACAUUUCUGGCUGUGGCAGAGAGGUAUCUCGAAGAAAAUGGAUCUGAUGCUCUCGAGAAACUUAUUGCAAACAAGUCCAAGGAUUAUAUUUCGGAUCAUCAUGCAGAAGAGAUCAAGCCUACUGAUGCUAGUGCUGAAGAAGGAGCGCUUACCCCCAACCAGACAGAACGUGAAAGGAGUGGUCCUGUUUGGGAGGAUAUCACAGUGAUGGAGAAUAUGGCAAAACAUGAAGCAGCUGAGCCCAAACAGGUUAAAAGUGUGAAGGAAAAUCCAAUUCAGAUUGAGAAGAAAACGACAGGAGUGCUGGUCAAGGAAAUGGUAAUUCCAGCAAAUGCUGAAGAGAUUAAACUUCCAAACAUUAUAUCUUCAAAGCAAGUUCAGACAGAGUGGACUUGUGCAGUAUGUCAAAUGACAACCACCUCGGAGCAAAACUUGAAGUCCCAUCUUAACGGAAGGAAACAUAAAGCAAAGUGUGAAGGGCUGAAAACUUGCAUGCAAACGGCCAAAAGGGAAGGAAGCUCACCUGUUACAACAAAGUCAAAUGAGCUUAAUCAGGAGCAAGUAAAACAUGCAGCUGCAGCAGGAUUGAAGCACGGUGCUAAUGAAGCAGCUGAGCCCAAAAAGAGAGAAUGUGAAGGGAGUCAUCCUGUUUGGGAAGAUAUCAAAGUGAUGGAGCAUAUGGCAAAACAUGAAGCUGCUGAGACCAAACAGGGAUAUCCAAUUCAGAUUGAGAAGAAAACGACAGGAGUGCAGGUCAAGGAAAUGACAGUUCCAGCAGAUGCUGAAGAGAUUAAACUUCCUGGGAUUAUAUCUUCAAAGCAAGUUCAGACAGAGUGGACUUGUGCAGUAUGCCAAGUGACAGCCACCUCAGAGCAAAUCUUGAAGUCCCAUCUUAAUGGAAGGAAACAUAAAGCAAAGUGUGAAGGGCUGAAAACUUGCAAGCAAACGGCCAAAAGUGAAGGAAGCUCACCUGUUACAACAAAGUCAAAUCAGCUUAAUCAGGAGAAAGUCAAACAUGAAGCUGCAGCACGAUCAGAGCACAUUGCCAAUGAAGCAGCUGAGCCCAAACAGGUUAAAAGUCUGAAGGAAACUCCAAUUCAGAUUGAAAAGAAAACAACUGCUGUGCAGAUCAAGGAAACAGCGCUUCCAGCAGAUGCCGAGGAGAUUAAACUCCCAGAAACUAAUUCCGUAAAGAAAGUUCAGACAGAGUGGACUUGUGCGGUAUGUCAAGUGACAACUAAGUCAGAGCAUGACUUGAAGUGCCAUCUUCUAGGGAGGAGACAUAGGGAAAAUUGUGAAGUGCUGAAAACUUUCAAGAAAACAGCAAAAACUGAAAGAAACCCACCUUUUACUUCAAAUAUGCCAGACAAGCUUAAGAAGGAGCAAGUAAAGCAUGCAAUUUCAACUCAAAGAAAGCACAGUACUAAUGAAAAACCUAAAGAAAAGGUCCAACUAGGAGCUACUGGACAACAUCAAAAGCAGAAGCAAGUGAAGAAUGCUGGUGGUGCUACUCAUAAUUCUAAGCUGUGGUGUAGGUUUUGUAACAUUAGGUGCCCUGGCGAGAUUGAUAUGGCUUCACAUCUUAAUGGUAGGAAGCACUUGGCAAAACUUCAAGAAACAAUGAGUUUUACUGGUGGAACGUGGGCUUUGGAUUAUGCAAAUAUGCACUUUUAUCAGGGUAUUUGAAGGUGUUUGGUCUAAUUUAGGGGACGUGCUGUUGAAGCAACUUUGUUCUAUUAUCCAUACUGAAAUUUAGUUGGUUAAUCACUGGGAAGGAAAAAAGAGGAAAAGUUUAUGUCGAAAGGUGAGAUAUCAUUGUGUAUAAUCAGUUGGUAUGAGCAAUUAGAGCUUCUACUUUUAA